AUGCCUCCCGAUAGCUCAUCUGUCGGAGAAAGUAGGAAACAGAAAUGUCUACCGGGGCAUGGAAGUAGAUGUAGGAACUGUCAAAGGGCAGAUACGCCUUGCGACUUUAUCGAAAAGAGCGCUAAUGAGAUAUACCUUCAGAAGUAUACGACGGAAUUGGAGAAUAGAGUGAAGCAAUUGGAGGAUUUUAUAAAUACAAGCGUCGCUACGGGCAGGCAAGGAUCAAGUCAGAGUCCACAAGUACAUAGUACAACCCAAAAUUCGGCACAAACACAUGGAGAUACUCGUGCGAGCGCAAGUGCGAGUGAGGAGGAUAAUCUAGCUACCGGAGUGGGAUUUUUGAGUCUCAAUGGAGGUUCCGAUCCGUUAUACCUCGGUGGAAGCUCUGGGGUAGGUUGGGCGAAAGUGUUGAUGCAUUCUCUCAAACAUAAAAAUGCCAUCUCAGGCAAUCCCACUUCCCCACGUAUAACUCGACCUUCACCCUCUUCUCACCAUCCACCCCACCCACCAGCCCUACAUGAGAAUCUAACUCCGUUACCUGACCCACCUUCAGAAAAUCUAGGUAUACAUUACAUCACGACGGUUUAUUAUAGGGUUCAAUCUCGAUAUGGAUUUUUGGAUUGGGUCAAUAUACAGAGUUGGCAAGCGGAUCAUAAGAGAUUGUGCACUUUACGACCCCUCGACUCUCUUCCGACGAACAAUGAUACUACUACGACCGUCCAAGAUCAUUACGGAGCGUUCUUUCUCUGGAUGUUAUAUGGUCUUGGAGCGGAAUUGUGCGAGAAUGAUAUUGGAAGUGGGAUGGUUCCUGUCUCGCAUGAGGUCUAUUUCAACACCGCCCUCAGACAUUUCACCCCGUUAUCAACCAUACAAUCUCUAACGACAGUCCAGGCACUGCUCCUACUCAUCGUAUAUACCUUCAGACACACCUCCUCGGAUCUGAGUCUGUGGCAUACCGGUGGACUAGCCAUUCGCUCAGCGAUCGAAUUGGGAUUACAUAGGAAGAUACGCUCAAGGGAAAUUAGAGAGAGGGACCCUAGAGCGUAUUGUAUGAGACAGAGGGUAUGGCGAGGUGCUUAUAUUUUGGAUCGCAUGAUAGCUAUCCAAUUUGGAAGACCAUUCGCAAUCCAGGAUAGAGAUAUAGAUAUUGAAUUACCCGUAAACCUCGAUGCGAAUAUCGCAGAUCAAGAAUCACUCUGUGAAUUGCUUAAUGCUCAGGCUUUGAUGCCUGAAACUAAUAGACCGGGAGAAGAGUAUCGUAAUGGAUAUGGAUGUUUCACUUCGAUGACCUCGUUCAUACAUACGAUCCGACUGAAUCAACUGGAAUCUAAGAUACAUGAACUGGUAUACACGGUAGAUAAAUCGAUACAUCAGAUUGAAGACUCAGAUGCGAUUCAAGGUAUUUUGAACGAAUUAAAUAUGUGGAGAUCAAAUUAUCCACUACAGCCCGAUAAUAGAAUACCGAAUUGUUCACAUGAAUUUUUCGAAGUUGAAUAUUAUAACUGCGUUCAGAUUCUCUUGAGACCCCUAGCUGCUAGAGACGAUGCGCCGGAUUAUUGGUUGAGUAAUUGUGCGGCGAGCGCAGCAGCUGUUUUGGAUAUCGAAUGUCAGCUACUUCGUCGUGAUUCGAAGAACCUAGCCACUUGGGUAUUAUGCAAGAUCUUCAUGAGCGGCCUUACACUUCUGCAUGUGAUAUGGAAUCACCCGCAAGUGUUACCCUCAUCCACCGUGUGCAGGGCCUUGCGUUCAUGUUCUACAUGUCUUUUCAUCUACGCCCAGCAAUUCCCAAUAGCAGGAUCCUAUCUCGAUUGUUUCGAAGAUCUCGUCAAGGCAUUCGACGAAAGGCGUGAAGCACAUGCUCAACCAAUUGACGAUUCCAAUAUUGGUAAUAUGAGCGCUGUGAUGGGUCCUUCUCGCUCAAACGAUAACAUAGUAAAUGGCAAUACUGCAAGCUUCAGUAUAGGGGACCCAGCAGGGGUAGUAAGUCAAGCGGAUAUCUGGACGGAUCGAUUGGACAAUAUGGGAGGGAUGUUACCUGGUCUAAGGGAAGAUCUAGCUUCGUUGAUCAAUUCUUUCGGAUCAGCGAAUAGCGAACAACCUAUGAUGACUAUGGCUGAACCUAUGUCGUUACCAAUGACUAUGGGUAAUAACACAGUUGCUGGCCAGACCAACGUAACUGAUCCAAUGGUAGAGAUGAUGUGGAAUUUACCAUUCGACUCUUGGACGGGCGAUCAGACAAUAGAUAUUUCAAGUUUGUUCGAUAGUUCAGAGUUACAAGGGUUUGAUUUUUUAAACGGUAGUAAUGUCAACAGCAACAAUAGUAAUACCAUGAUGUAA